AUGGCGCCCGUUACGCGCAGGAAGCAAGCAGAAAUGGAGGCCAACUCGUCCGCUGCAGAAGAGCCUUCACCCGCGCCCAAGGGCUCUGCGACCGAGCGCGGCCAGAAGCUCGCGCUCCGGGCCAGGGAUGACGAAAACGAGAGCUCGCCUGCAGAGGCAGCGAAGAAGAAUACCGUCAUUACUUUUGACGAUGAGGAGAUGAGCAAACCUGUGGUGAUCGAGAAGACCAUCACAAAGCCCAUCGAGCCGGUGGAGGAGGAGGAGGGGGAGAGCGAAGAUGAGGCGCCCGAGACCGUUUCGACGGCCAAAGUUGCGUCUGAGAUGAAAUCUGCCGCCAAAGCUACGCAAAAAGCUACACAAGAGCAAGCGGCCGCGCAAAAGCGAAAGCGCCAGGAGCGCGACGCCCAGCUCAAGAAGCAGGCUGGGGAACGCAAGAAGCUAGAUGAUGCCCGGUCGAGCCCCGCCGCCGCCGAGAGCGAAGCCGCCGACGAGUCCAAGAGCCUCGCCACCGCUCGCCCGUCCGCAGGCCGCCGCCGAAGCGACGUUCCCGCCCUCCUCCCCGCCGAGUACCUCACCGACUCGUCCGGUGAGAGCGACGACGACGAUGGCGAGGGUGCUACCCGCCGCUCCAAGCCCAAGCGCCGCAAGGUGGCCACCGUCGAGCGCCUCCUCACCCGCCUCGACAAAGGCCCGCAGGACGCGACAGUCGGGUCCACGGUGUACCAGGUUUCCCGGACGACGGACGCGCGGCUGCCGCCCAAGGCCAACAAGCAGGGCCGGAACACCAAGGCACUGCUGCUCAAGAGGAACCGGGCGCCGGUCAAGGCGCGGCGCGGCGGGUUCCUCAUCAAGAGGUAG